AUGAGCUCGAGCUCAGUAGAAUAUCUAAAGAGCGAACAGUUUUCGAAUUCGCUAAAAGACCCACUUAAUGCACGGUCAUUACGAGUUCAACCCGCUUCACACAUGAUUAAUGAUCCAGCCGUGGAAUUUUUUUAUAAGCCUCACACGCUUACGGUAUUAACGGCAAUGUUGUUCGCCCUUGUAUAUUUUGCUCUAUCACCAGAGGCGGAUGAUACGGCCACAAAUAUCCGAGUAGGAGUUGGAGCCGCGGUUGGAUUUUUCCUCGCAUUUGCAAUGUUACAAUUUCGCGAUGGACCAUUUAUACGUCCGCAUCCCACAUUUUGGCGAAUUGUAAUGGGAGUUGGAGUGUUAUAUCAAUUACUGCUUGUUUUUUUAUUAUUUCAGAGCAAACGCGACGCGAGAUACAUAUUCGCAUGUAUAGAUCCCACCCUCGGAGUUCCAUUACCAGAACGCUCAUACGCUGACAACUGUGAAUUGAGUUGGCAAAACAUGAAAAACCAAAUGGACGUCUUCGUGAUAUAUCAUGUGGCGGGCUGGUACGCAAAAGCAGUUGUGCUUCGUGAUUAUUGGUUUUGUUGGAUUCUGUCGGUCAUGUUUGAGGUUAUGGAGUAUUCGUUGCAGCAUCAGUUGCCUAAUUUUGCAGAGUGCUGGUGGGAUCAUUGGGUCCUUGACGUGCUCAUUUGCAAUUGGGCUGGACUUUAUCUUGGAAUGAAGACUUGCGAAUACUUAGAAGUGAAAAGAUAUUCGUGGCGAGGUGUAAAAGAGAUUCCAUCGCUCAAAGGAAAAGUUAAACGAACAGUGCAACAAUUCACCCCGCAUAGUUGGACGAAAUUCGAGUGGAGUGCUACGCAUAAUUUCAAAAAUUUUUUGGCAGUCCUGGCAUUAUUGUUUCUUUUCUUGCAAGCAGAGCUCAAUUCUUUCUAUCUCAAGUACCUAUUAUGGAUUCCACCUGAACAUCCAAUGAACGCUAUACGAGCUACGCUUCUUUUCUUCUGUUCUGCUCCUGGUGUACGAGAGGCAUACCAAUACUUAACGGACAAAAAUUGCAAGCGUUUUGGACCUCAAGCAUGGCUUACGAUCGCUAUGAUAAUGACAGAAUCCGUAAUAAUCAUUAAAUUUGGUCGUGGAGAGUUCCCCAACCCGGCACCACCUCACGUUAUUGUAUUUUGGAGCUUGUUGACUACGGUGUUGGUUGGUUACGCAAUUUAUCAGUUCGCUAUACCGGCAUCAAUCAAGAAAAAAUCUGAAUAG